AUGGAACCAAAGUGUGCAAUCAAGAAGGAUGCAACUGAAUUGAUAGGGAAUACCCCAAUGGUAUAUCUGAACAACAUCGUGGAAGGAUGUGUAGCUCGCAUCGCUGCCAAACUGGAGUAUAUGCAAGCCUGCUGUAGUGUCAAAGAUAGGAUUGCAUUGAGCAUGAUUGAAGAUGCUGAGAAAAAGGGCCUUAUUACACCUGGAAAGACUAUUCUGAUUGAGUAUACAAGUGGUAACACCGGCAUAGGAUUGGCAUUCAUAGCAGCAUUGCGAGGCUAUAAACUUCAGGUGACUAUGCCAGCCUAUGUGAGUCUUGAGAGAAAAAUUAUACUGCGAGCCUUUGGAGCUGAGGUAUAUCUUACAGACCCUGCCAAAGGAAUUGCUGGGGUUAUUGAGAAGGCAGAAGAACUACAAGCCAAGUCGCCUGAUAGUUAUAUGCUCAACCAAUUUGAAAAUCCUGCCAAUCCAAAUAUUCAUUAUGAGACAACGGGCCCUGAGAUGUGGAGAGACUCAGGAGAAAAAAUUGAUGCUUUGGUUGCAGGGAUAGGAACUGGAGGAUCAAUGGCAGGUGCUGGAAAAUUCCUCAAGGAGAAAAAUCCAGAGAUCAAGUUGUAUGGUGUGGAACCAGCUGAAAGUGCAGUUUUGAGUGGAGGACAGCCAGGUAAGCACCUGAUCCAAGGACUUGGUGCUGGUAUCAUUCCCAGAGUUCUGGACGUCAAUAUCCUAGAUGAAGUUCUUCAGGUGUCAAGUGAAGAGGCCAUAGAAACGGCUAAGUUGCUUGCCUUGAAAGAAGGAUUGCUGAUGGGAAUUUCAUCAGGAGCUGCAGCUGCUGCUGCAAUAAAGGUGGGGAAGAGACCAGAAAAUGCAGGGAAGCUCAUUGUUGUGAUUUUCCCCAGUUUUGGAGAGCGUUACUUAUCUUCUCCGCUGUUUGAAUCCAUUAGGCAAGAAGCUGAACAAAUGACAUAUGAAUAA